AUGUUAAAUCAAGGGAGAGCUCUUUGGUAUGCACUGAAAGUGGAAGAUUACGAUUUGGUUGAGUUUCUCAUAAAUUAAAAGACAGAUAUCAGAUAAACUUAUGAAUUUGAGCCAAAACGAUACUUAUCUACUGCAAGUGUAAAAUGCUUAAUAAUAAAUUCUAUAGUUGUUGACUCUUCGAGUUUGUUAGGCUCGUUCAAAGGGAUUGAAUAAUCAUUACUAAAGAAUGUACUAAAUACUAGAUAAUUUUCUCUAAUAUGCAGAAGAAUGCGACAUUCGAUGUCAUUGUUCAAAGAACUACGAACACAGAUGUCCACUGUAUAUAGCAUUGAAGGCAUUAGGAGUCAAGAAGGAGCAGGAUAUGUUUAAUAAGAAGAAUGACAUUUUGAAGGCUUUGUUAAUCAAAGGGGCUAAUUUAAGGAUAUUNUAAGUUUUCACUUUCUUCUUGCAUUCUGUGAUUGUCACCUUGGUGGUUUUCUUUAAUUUCUUCUUAUUCUACUUGGAGGAAGAAUCUGAUUCAUUUUCUUCCUCCACACUAUAUGUUAUUUUUGUAGCAUUUCUUUUUGCGCGCUAUAAGCUCAUUUUUGGAAUUAAUAUUUUUUAAUAUGAACAUUAUAUUCAAUUUAUUCAAUACAUUUAUGAUAGUCAGAUAUAUAUAUAUAUAGAUUAUUAUUCCUUCUAAUCAACAGCCAUCAAAAACUUUUCAAUGCUGCUGUACAACAUCAAUUUUAUUUGA